ACAUCAAGCAAGAGAAAGACAAGGACAAUGCAGGCGAUACUCCUAGUGACUGUCUUCUCCUGUCUUCUUGCGGCUGUGGCAGCUAUAGACCCAGGAGCGGUUGGCGGAACUUGCCUUCCAAAUGAUAAGUGCACGGACGGAACUUCAGUGUGCGAAUCAAAUACAUGCAGGAUAAAAGCUGGAGCGGCCUGUACUUCAUCUCCCACUAACUGUGUUUCACAGUCGACCUGCAACACAAAGUGCACGUGUAACACCGGCUUCACUGAACAAUCGACCGGAUUAUGUACUGCAGCUGCAGGUGCAGUCGCCGGAGCGGUUGGCGGGACUUGCCUUACAGGUGGUACGUGCACUGAAGGAACUUCAGUGUGCGAAUCAAAUACAUGCAAGAUCAAAGCUGGAGCGACAUGUACUGCAUCACCCACUCAGUGUGUUUCACAGUCGACCUGCUCUACGACCUGCAACUGUGACAGCGGCUACAAUCAACAAUCGACUGGACUAUGUAAGGCCCCCUCAGUCGCCGGAGCCGUGGGUGGGCCUUGUUUAACAGGUUCUGCUUGCACUGACGGAACUUCAGUGUGCGAAUCAAGUGUUUGCAAGAUCAAAGCUGGAGCCACCUGUACUGCACCUACCACUGACUGUGUUUCCCAGUCGACCUGCUUCAACAACAAGUGCACGUGUGGUACAGGGUACACUGCAGAAUCGACUGGCGUUUGCAGUAGGGAUCUCAAAGGCGGAGUUGCUCUCCAGUCUGUGUCCUCCUCGCUCCUCAUCGGCAGCAUCAUCACGUGUUUGGUGACCUUGAGUCUGCCAUGAGACACGUUUUGACCUUCCAUUCGGACCUAAGAACCGGAAAUGGACUUUGCUUACUUGAAUUUUGAGACUGUACUUUUCUACAUUUUCAACUGUUAGAAGGCAUACAAAGGAUUUAAUAGGAGAAAUGGAAAACUACAAGGACAGAAUGGGAAACUUUUGCCAAGAAAAGUAGCAUGUAUAUAUAAUAUAGCAUGUGUAUAUUAGAGGGGGAGAAGUCAAACAAAAAAGUUUAUCAACAUAUAGACAAAAAUAAUAAACAGCGCACAAAAAUCUUGAAAAUUUAUUGUCUGAAUAUAAAAAUACUUUACACAUUGCGUAAAAAGUAAACGAUACCCUAUUAUUUUAUUAAGACAUUUUAAAUAAGCAAGAAGUUAGAUUAUUGCUACUGAAGUAAACACUUUUAUAUUAACCUGCAAGCACACGUGUUGUUAAUGUAGAAUUAAGCAGUCAAAACGUUUUAUUCUAAUAUAGCUUUUUUUACGCUUCUCUUCAUUUUGUAUGGUUUGUUUGAAAAUCUUUGCUAUGUUAAGUUGAAUCCAAAGGGUGACAAACAUAAAAUAUAAGGUAGCAUACAACGUUGAGCAAACAGCAUAUUCGUUACUAAUUCCUUGAAGAAGGAAAAAUUCUUUUCACGGAGGCUCUAAGUGACGUGUACUUUUCGUCCAGCAAUUUUUUUUUUAUUGAGUCCCUCAUCUUUCACACUCUGUUUUUUUUUCUAUUUCUCUCUCUCUCUCUUUCUUUCUUGCAUGCUCACGGUAUGAACCAAACGUUAUCGUCUGGUGAAAGUUAGGGGCCUCCGUUAAAAGAAGUUACUAUCUACCUAUUAUUUUAAUUUGUGACCCCUAAAAUCCUUUUUCACAUUCUCAUUCGGAAUGCAUUUCUUUAAAUGAUUUUUUAAAAAUCUUCAUUAAAUGAUAU